UUUAACUUAUUCGUUUAUUAUUAAUUAAUUGUGUUAUCUUUUUUCUUUUAUACAAAUAUUGAAUUUCCUCUUGAUUUUACCCUUACUAACCCUGUAAAACUCCUUUUGUAUACUCCUUUAAACCAUCUUUUAGCUUAUCUGCUCUUGUUUACUCUAAAUUAGAUCCAAGAGUGCAUUCUUCAAACAAAUACCAUAAUUCUUUCCGAUACUAAACAGAUCCUUAAUUAAUUAAACCGGUAUAUAGUGGCGACAUCUCUUAACAAUUGUUUUUGUUAUCUUUAAAUUUAUCUUCAGCAUUGCAGUAUUGCCUACAAAACUAGAAAUAUCCUUUUAUUAUAUGACGUCAUAGUCAUUUAAAUACCAUGAUAAGGUUUUAAGUAAAUAAAAAAAAUGCCAAACAGCGUAUCUUCUAGUCUAUCUCUUCUUUAUCAAAAAUUUACGGGAGCCCGUAAAUUAUUGGACUCGGAUUCCCUAGCCGUCCAGCAACAGCCUUUUGAUCCUAAUGCACCUAAAGUUGUUAUUUUGGCCGUCUCUAUAGGUGAUGGAAGCGAAAAUGCUUUCAAUUGGUACUUUGAAAAUUUGCAUAGGGAUGGAAAUAGGUUAGUAUUCGUUCACGUUAUAGAACUACCAGACUUGAAGAAUCAGAGUGCUAGGAAUUUACACAUGUCCCCUGGAGUUUUGGCAAACAUGUGGCAGACGGAAGAAGAUAAAACUAAAGAGUUAGAAAUAAGAAUGAAAGCGCUAUUAAAAGAACGAAAAUGUAAUGGUAUAUUAAGAACGGUGGCGGGAAAGCCAGGAGAAAUGAUAUGUGCAGUCGCAAGAGAAGAAAGAGCCACAAUGAUUGUAACUAGUUCGAGGUCGCAAGGAAAGUUCAGAAGGGCAUUUUUGGGCUCCACUUCAGAUUAUCUUGUACAUCAUGCCCAUUGCCCAGUUGUUGUAUGUCGACUUGAUACCCUUAACUCAGCCCAAUCUGCAACCUUAUCUUCCUCUCAGCAAGCUAUGGAAGAGCAUAUGGGAAAAAGGAGCGCAGGUUCCAAGAUGCAACCCCAACUACCUCCCACACAAGAUGAAAAUGAAUAAGAUUUUCAUUUUUUUCUCAACUAAGAAAAAACGUGCAAAAGAAGAAAAAGAAGAAAGAACGUUUUUUAACUAAAUUGCAAACAUAUUUAUUGAUUUAUGUUUACUUUUUUUAUAAAAAUCAAAUGUCAUAAACAAAAAAAA